AUACGCAUAAGGACGCAGGCCCUCUGUUUCAGAUUGGAAGAAGACGCUGCAAAUAUUUCUGAGCAUUUCUUAUCCCUCUUUUUAUUUAUUUAUGAAUUUCCGUUCAAUUGUUGUGGUUAUUCCUGUAUUUACCAUGUUUUGUGGGUUAGGAAUUUAUGGGUUUGUAAGGAUUAUGUGUGUUUAAUAUUUCUCUGUAAUCAUGAACUCUGUGAAUUGGUUUGAAUGAGUGAAUUUUAAUAUUGCAAUUCUUGCUGGCCACUUGACUUGUAAAUUCUAGGAUUUAAAUUUACAUAGAAAUAUAAAAUUCGAAUCCGGAAACCAUCCAUUCGUUUAGGUGAUUUUCCAUCGAGAGGUGGUCAUAUCACUUAGGAAUUAUGAUAGUAAACUUAAUGCUCUUAGGAGUUUUACUCUAUUUAGAACCGAGAGGUCGGUAGUUUAGAACUCGUAGGAAGUGAGGAGAGAGACUCGAGAGAGUAAUCUCCUCUAUAGAAAGAGCUUGAAUUCCCCAUAUCACAAUCAUAGUCACUGAGAUAAAUCUGUAGAAAUGAUCCUUACCAACCCUUAAAUUCCGAUACUUGCAAUGUUUUAAUUAAAUUAUCUUGAAACCACUAUCUGCAUUUUCAUCAUUUUAUAAUCACCAUCAUCACCACUCAAAAUUAUCGUCUCGACCGAAAUCGAGUAGAACCCGUAAUUGUAUUAUUAAUGUCCAUGCGUCCCUGUGUUCGACCCAGUAGCGGACCCACACCAAAUUUUAAUUGAGGGCAUAGAUAUAUAAUAAUGUAUAUAUAUACCCAAUAAAAAAAGAAAUGGCAUGAAAAAAUCAAUUAUACAAAGACAUAUUUUUAACAACAUUGGUGGCACGUGUCCCCAUUGGUCAUAACGUGGAUCCGCCACUGGUUCGACCCUAGAUACUGCGAUUGACCCGUGCACUUGCGGUAGUUGAAUCUAGAAAAAUAAAACGAGAUUAGAUCACACCCUAGAUUAACAUCAGAUGUGAAUGUGAUCUCAUGUUUAUGCGGAUAAAUCUUGGACAGUGUGUUAAUGUGAAUGCUAUCCCAUGUCUGAUAAAUCUUAAUCCAACAAAAUUGUUACCACAUAAUUUUAGAUUUUUUUUUUCCAAUUUUUAAAGAAAUAUAAAAUACAUAUAUACACACACUAAAUUUUAUAAUGAAAAAAUCAUCUAAAAAUAUAAAAUGAUAUGUAUUAGUGACGGUGUACUCGACUUCAAAUGGUUGUAUUUUUUCCCUUUUUCCUUUCUUUUUCCCUUUAUCAAGUUGAUUAAUUUUUCUAGUAGAAUUAAAUUUCGUAUAUUUAAUUAAAUUCCUUUGGAAAGUGGCAAUAUUAAAAAUACGACAUCAAUCUAGCCGCCAUCAUUUUAAAAUAUACAAUAUGGUGUAGAAAUACAGGCUGUCAAAUAUUCCGUUUUAGCUUCUGUAUUAUUGCUAUUAUUGGUCGUUUUUGUAAAGUCGACGGUUUCAUCUCCAUCUUUCAGGCUAUCAAAUCGGGAAAGUACAUAUGGCUCCGUCUUUUGUAGAAACAGCGGCCAGGGCUUUCGUCACCAGAUUCAUGGGGCAGUACAUCUCAACCGGUUACGUGACUCUGGUAGAAGAUGGAGGAACAACGUUCGAGUUCGGUGGGAAACAUCCGAAAUGCACCUUGAAAUCCGUCAUGAAGAUCCACAGUCCUCAGUUUUACUGGAAGGUCAUGACCGAGGCGGACAUAGGCCUUGCGGAUGCUUACAUCAGUGGAGAUAUUUCGUUCGCUGACAAGGACGAAGGGCUCCUGAAUUUGAUCGUGAUUCUCAUAGCUAAUAGAGAUCUCAACUCAUCGAAAUCAAAUCUUGCAGAGAAAAGGCGCUGGUGGAAACCGAUGUUUUUCACUGCUGGUUUGGCGUCAGCAAAGUACUUUCUAAAGCAUGUGUUUAGAAAGAACACCUUAACACAAGCUCGUAGGAACAUUUCCGAUCACUAUGAUUUGAGUAACGAGCUGUUUGCUCUAUUUAUGGACGAGACGAUGGCAUACUCGUGUGCGGUAUUCAAGUCCGAUGACGAGGAUCUGAGAACAGCACAGACGAGAAAAAUUUCUCUUCUGAUUGAUAAGGCGAGAAUUGAGAAGAACCACGAGGUUUUGGAGAUCGGGUGCGGUUGGGGAACCUUAGCUAUAGAAGUUGUAAGAAGAACUGGAUGCAAAUACACCGGCAUUACCUUAUCGAUCGAACAACUUAAAUACGCCGAAGCAAAGGUCAAAGAAGAAGGGCUUGAGGAUCGGAUUACGUUUGAGCUCCGCGAUUACCGUCAACUAUCUGAUUCGCGUAAAUACGACAGGAUUAUAUCUUGCGAGAUGAUAGAAGCGGUUGGGCAUAAAUUCAUGGAGACGUUUUUCAACCGCUGUGAAUCCGCGCUUGCGGAAGAGGGCUUACUUGUUCUGCAAUUUUCAGCGGUACCCGAUUCACGUUACGACGAGUCUAGGUUGAGUCCAGGUUUCAUUACGGAAUAUAUCUUUCCCGGCGCAUGCCAUCCUUCUUUAGCCAGGGUAACAUCUGCCAUGGCUUCUUCAUCAAGGUUGUGCAUCGAACACGUUGAGAACAUUGGGAUCCAUUACCACAAGACUCUAAGAUGUUGGAGACAGAAUUUCUUAAAGAGACAAGAAGAAGUCAAGGCUAUCGGAUUCGACGAGAAAUUCAUCAGAAAGUGGGAAUAUUACUUCGACUACUGCGCAGCUGGUUUCAAAACACUUGCACUUGAAGUCUACCAGGUGGUGUUUUCUCGUCCCGGAAACACGACAAUGUUCGGAGAUCCGUACAUGAGCUACCCUUCUGCUCGUUGUUCCUGCCCUUAAACCGAGAGCUACAUGAACGUUUCGGGUUCUUUAUCAUCAAUACAUAAAUACUUCACUCUUGCUUUUCCUGGUCCUGUAUAAUUUGUUUUGUUGUAUGAAUAAGAGCUUUCAUGAUUAAUGGCUCUGCGGCUGUGUUUAACACAACAAGUGAGUGUUUACUGUCAAUGUGAUUCCAUGUAUCUUGAUGAAUCUUGAACACUUCCAGACAACAUGUGAGUGUUAAAUGUGAA